AUGGUCUUCGGCUUCGGUCGUUCGUCGUCGUCAAAGCGAUCUUCCAAGGGUACUGGCUCUUCUCUGAGCAGUGCUUCAAGGUCCUCUGCGUCCUCCAGGUCCAGCUCGAGAACUGGCUGGGAAUACCUCAGUGAUAGGUCCUCUGGAAGCUCCCAGAACUCGCGAAGCUCCCAAAGCUCCUACUAUUCUGGAGCAUCCUCUUCCACCAUCCGUGGAUGUGGAUCCUCCCAUACGGUUCGGCCCAGGGAUCUCACAGCCAUUAACAUGAUGGCAUACGACAGGGCCAGCGGGAAUCGCCUGGACGAUCUGGAGUCUGUCGGUGCUGGCUCAUCCAUCUCUCAGGACCGAUAUGGCAAUCCUCAACGUCCCAAGAGCAGCAGUCGCAGCCGGUCAUACCAGCCCGAGUCAGGCGUGAUUUCUCGAAGCUCGACCAGCAGCAGCACCCCCAACAUUGUCACUAUCCGUCCUAAAGGAGUGCGCGCCGAUUCUGACCUAGGGUAUGGAACGUCGAAUGACUAUAGCAGUAUCAAUAGCCGGUCCUCUAGCAGUGUGCGUAGCCGCUCCCCGGCUCCCAACACUCGAUAUGCGGUCCCCAAAGGUCUUGGGAUGCCUCCUGCCCGGCCCCCGACGAGUUACCCUUACUCUGACCAGCAGUCGGUUAAUUCAUCUCAGGCAUACAGUGACACGUACAGUGACACACCCAUGGGCAUGGCUAUGGUGCCUCAACCACCGUCCAGCUACACUCCUUCUAGCCUUGGCUCCGAUCCGGGCCAUUACCCGUCGCUGGGUCGAACAUCACGCUCGUGGUAA